AUGGAUAAGGUGGAAAAGAUAUUCUCCAUCAAAACGCCCCGCAUCAAGCAUAAGGAUUUGAAGUGCAGGAAUGGAUGCGGAUUUUACGGAAACGUUCAGUGGAACGGGCUGUGCUCGAAGUGUUAUCGCGAACGGUCACUAAAGGAACGACACACGAAGCCAUUUCGACUGUCGAAGAAUGAUCAGCCAAAGCAAACUGCUCGAGACUCGCACCAUAUAUCCGGGUCCGAUCUUGCAACGGCUUCGAAUAGUCAGUCGGGGCAACAACAACAAAAACAACCCCAACAGCAAUCGUUGCAUUCGAAACUGAUACCGAAACUGUCGGGCGACCGGGAUGAGAAUAAGAAAAAGUUAAAUUUGAUAGAAUUUAUUAAAAAAUCCACACCUGGUCGAGAUUCAGAAAAAUCGCGUCAACAUCGUAGACAACCGAUUGAAAAACUCGAACAGGAAUACAUUGAUGCGCUCAAAGCGCUAAAGAUAGACGAUGCGGCCAAACAGGAGUUAAAAUAUUUCAUACUAAUGGUCGAUCAGCAGAUACGCGAAAAGUAUAGCACGGUCAGCGUAGACGAUCUGUCGGAGCUGGUGCAGAAUGGGUACAAAAAGUUUAGCGAUUACAUGCUCGUGGAAAAUUCCAAGUUUGCAUCCGCGACGGAAGAAAUGCGCAAACAGGUGCUGGAUUUUUUUGAACGCUGUGUGAUGACGAAAAAUCACAAAUAUCUAUUUUCACCACCGUCAACCGACGACGAGGAUAAGGAUUCGUCUAUACACAAGCACAUCCGGCGGCUGAACUGGAUUACGGCCGAGCAUCUCGAGUGCAGCAUCAACGAGGUGAACUCAGAGGUGCGCGAACUUGCGUACACCGCCAUUACCGAGCUGGCAUCGGUGGAUUCGUUUCUGUCGCCGAAGGAAAAGCUUGACUGUAUCGUGCGCUGUUGUCAGCAUAUUUUUAAAUUCCUCGAGAAGUCGGUCCAGGGACCAGCCAGUGCGGACAAUUUUCUACCCGCGUUAAUCUUCGUGGUGCUGAAAUCGAACCCGGUGCGAUUGCACAGCAACAUCAACUAUAUCACGCGUUUCAGCAUCCCUUCGCGAUUGAUGAGCGGUGGAGAUGCUUACUAUUUCACUAAUUUGUGUGUUGCGAUUUCGUUCAUCGAGGACAACAUAACGCCCGAAUCGCUGUCGUUGACGCAGGCCGAGUUUGAUAGCUUUAUGUCCGGCGAGCGCGAAGGCACAUCCGCGUGGGAAAGCGCCCUGAUAGCGUGCGAAAGUUUGCAUCAGAUAUCGGAAAACAUGAAGGUGAUGAACACGAUCGCGUCGAAAAAAGAUGAACUAUAUGAUGGGAUCAUUUCUCUGAACGAAGAAAUCGUUGCAUUUGGGCAAGAGAUACGACAAACAGUCGCAGAAGUUCUCGAACGCACGCCGCUGGUACUUCAACCAUGUAAAACACCGUCCCGUGUUGUGGCGCUCAGACAGCAAUAUAUGUCAUCGUCAGCAGCAUCCGUGUACGUUGAUCCUGCCUCGGUACAACAGACUGUGGGCAGUGGUCAUUUUACCUCCAAUUUGGUAGCAAUCAACAAAUCGAUCCACAUCGAAGCUGCCACCGGCAAACCCAAGCCGAUCGAUGGUGCUGGUGCGACACCCAACCGAUCCACGUCCGGACCAUCUGGCAGUGGUUCCGGGUUCGAAGUGGAACGAUUAGCGCAGAGCCUAUCAAACACGCUAACGACACCGCUCGUGUCGGUUGACGCAGGCCCAUCAGAAGCUGGCGCACCAACGUCACCAUUUUAUGGCAUGAGUUCGAGCAAUUCGGCCGACCUGUUGUCCGCAUCGCCAUCGUUCGACUAUAAUAAUAUUUUCGAUGCGCAAUCACUGGACGGACUGGUCACUCCCGACGAUUUGGCGACGGAUUUCAUACGUGGCAUCCGCAAUAUCAACUACGAUUUUGAUUAUUCCGACCACAGCGGUGACAACAGUACGGCGGACGAUUUUGAUCCGCGUGCAACAUUUAAACCAGUGCCGAGCGUUGGAUCGGACCGUACGAAACCGAUAACGCCCUUCGAUCUGGAAGAGUUUGAUCCGCUGUUGCAGAAAAGCGACGGUACCGUUCGGCGUCCGGCCGAACCAUUGUUACCACUGCCGUUACAACCGUCGGCAGCACCAGCGGCAGCUCGGGAGCCGGGCUCCCUGCUGGAUGAUUCACCCGGUUCGCUAAUGCUGGAGUCCCCGCUAAAGCCGACCGUUGCCGAUUUUCAUGGAUUAUCACUGCACGGGUGUAACAUACCGACGAUUACGUGCGCAACCGGUGUAUUGCAUCCACCGGGCGGCAGUGGAGGGAGUGGUUGUAGUGGAAGCGGCGGACAUAAUGGCCCAAAAGCCAUGGCAGGCGAUCGGAAUGCUAAUAAUGACACUAGCUUAAUAUAG